CUGCCCGGUGAGGGGCGGGAAGGGACGCGGCGGGAAGGGACGGCACGGCACGGCACUGCACGGCGGCAGCGCUACCUUGCUCCCCCGGGGCGCGGCGGCGGCUCUCCUUCUUCCCUCAGCGCUCGGCAGCCCGUCCUCCGCGCUCUGAGCGCUCCGCAGGCAGCCUGACCCCCUCUGUCGUGCCCCGGGGUUGAGGUGGGGGUUAAUGCCGAUAUCUUUUGGCUUGUUACAAAGAUCAGAUAUGGAGAAGUGGAGCUUAAUGACAAUUACUGUUUUACUGGCACUUACUGUACGCUGGACCGUAUCGCUCGGGUCUUAUUCAGGUGCAGGAAAACCUCCCAUGUAUGGAGACUAUGAAGCUCAGAGACACUGGCAAGAAGUUACAUACAACUUACCUAUCAGACAGUGUGGGAAGAGAUAUUUUAUGUCCAUCUUUGUUUUUUCAGUGUUUGUUGCUGAUUUGCUGAUUUAUAUCCCUGCAGUUAUUUUAUAUUGCUUUUCCUUGAGAGAAACAUCUACUAAAAAGAAGGUUUCCAGUGCUCUCUGCAUACUGCUUUAUCCAGGCCUCAUUCUUAUUGACCACGGACACUUCCAAUACAACUCAGUGAGCCUCGGCUUUGCCUUGUGGGCUGUGCUCUGUUUGUCCUAUGACAGGGUCCUCCUGGGGUCACUGGCCUUUUGCUUGGCCUUAAAUUAUAAGCAAAUGGAGCUCUACCAUUCUUUGCCUUUUUUUUGCUAUUUGCUUGGAAAGUGCUUCAAGAAAGGACUGAAAGGAAAGGGAUUAGUGUUGCUAACCAAAAUAGCAGGGACCGUGGUGCUUUCCUUUGCUGGCUGCUGGCUGCCCUUCUGUACCGACAUGGAACAAACCAUGCAAGUACUCAGAAGACUCUUUCCCAUUGACCGAGGCUUGUUUGAGGAUAAAGUAGCCAAUAUUUGGUGCAGUCUAAGUGUCCUUAUAAAGAUAAAGAACAUAGUUGCACCUCCAACUCAGCUAAAAUUCAGUUUUGCUGUGACCUUUCUGAGCCUGCUUCCCGUCUGUAUAAAGCUGACAGUGCAGCCUUCUCUUCGAGGGUUUAAAUUUGCUUUGGUUAGUUGUGCACUGUCAUUUUUCCUGUUCUCCUUUCAAGUCCAUGAAAAAUCUAUUCUUCUUGUGUCACUACCUGUCUGCUUGAUCAUCAAUGAAAUCCCUUUCAUGGCCACGUGGUUUUUGCUUGUGUCAACAUUCAGUAUGUUGCCUCUCCUGCUGAAGGACGGCCUGCUGCUGCCCUUUGCUGUGACCUCGCUGGCUUUCCUCUCCAUCUGCGUGGCUUCCUUCUCCAUAUUUGAGAAGACAUCAGCAGAGGACCUGCAGCUGAAGACAUUCUCCCUUUCCCUCAAGGGAUAUGUUUCAUGGGUCAAGUCAUUUCCCAAGAUUGUCAAGAGCCUGUUUCUGCUCUCGGUGACACUGAUGGCUGUGCUGUCUCUGAUGAGUGCUACAGUGAAUCCUCCACAGAGGUUACCUGAUUUGUUCCCUCUGUCUGUGUCCCUCGUUUCCUGCUUACACUUCAUAUUAUUUCUAGUGUAUUUUAAUGUUGUUAUACUCUGGGACUCAAAGCAUAGUAGAAGUCAUAAGAAAUUUAUUUAAUCAACCUGUGAAGACCAAAGGCUGAACUGUGAAAGAGGGUCAGAGGAUUUGCAGUGGCGCUGCAGGUAAAGCUGUUUGUGAGGUGACACAAUUCCUGGUAAGCUGGUGAGAACUGGCAAACACUUUAUGCUCAUCUUUGCAAGGAGAAGCAUUUGGAAGAGGGCUUGGAAAUGGGCUUUCGAGUAUUUUCUUCAGGAGUGUAAUACUUCUGCUACCAUUUGUAAACUUAAAAUACCCAAUAAAGGACCAAACUUUGAA